AUCCAGGCGGCUGGAAUGUCUAUUUAUAGUGUAACUGGAAUAGAAGUCGCAACUCUUAGAACAGAGCAAGACAUGAUCUGGGAAUGGACAUGGUAGACCGUUCACUGUCUCUCAGUGUGAAGAACAGGACAGUAAAACACAUUUAAGGCUAGAAGGACAGUGGAAAAUCAAGAUGCCUGUAAACCAGACUCGAUCCAGGGCGAGGGAGCGAAACAAUGUGCUGAACAGACCCGAGUUUAUGUCUCUAAAUCAGCCUUUAAAGAGCGCUGGCGCGGAAGCUCGCGGCACUGCGCGGAGGCCGUCGCAGAGACAACAGCAAAAUCAACACCAGCCAGGCGAAAAUGCGCAGAACGAGUCUCCCGAGAACAAUAAAGACAAGAAGGAAUUACCAGAAGAAGACUGCAUGCAGCUUAACCCCUCAUUCAAAGGCAUCGCUAUGAACUCUCUUCUGGCCAUUGAUAUUUGUAUGUCUAAGCGGCUCGGCGUGUGCGCGCACCCCACAUCGUCGUGGGGAAGCGUGCGCUCUAUGGUCAAGCUGCUCGCGCUCACUGGCCAUGGCAUCCCGUGGAUCUUCGGUACAAUAUUGUGUCUUACAAGAAGCAACACGUUGGCAGGUCAAGAGGUAUUGGUCAAUUUGCUGCUAGCUCUCUUUCUGGAUGUGAUGACUGUAGCAGGCAUGCAGAAGUUGGUGAAGCGUAAAGGGCCUUGGGAAAUGGCACCCAGUUUCCUCGACUACCUGGCCAUGGAUAUUUAUUCUUUCCCAGCAGCACAUGCAAGCCGAGCAGCCAUGGUAUCUAAAUUCCUGUUAGCACACUUGGUGCUUGCAGUUCCUCUGCGUAUUUUGCUUGUGUUAUGGGCCUUCCUAGCUGGCACAUCCCGUGUGUUUCUGGGUCGCCACCAUCUGACAGAUGUCGGAUGUGGCUUUGCCUUGGGAUUCCUUCAUUACAGUUUAGUGGAGAUGGUGUGGCUGUCUUCCAACACGUGCCAGACUCUAAUAUCCAUAGGAACAUUCAACUGGAGCCCCCUCUACUGAUCAUUGCGGGAUUUCAAAAGCCGCUGCAUGUUUUUUUGUUUUGUUUUUUUCAGAUUAAGUGACUUCCGCCUAUACUGAAAAGUGCAUGACUGAAACAUGUACUAAAAAAAACUUUCCCUAAGCAGCACACAUCUAUUAGCUUGAUUUGACCAUUUCUUGUACCAUUUCUGCCAAAGCAAUAUAAAGUUUGGAGAAACGCAUCAGGUGCACAGUUCCCUUUCACUUUAAGAGAAAGGAUGUUGAUGCAAGUCUUUUUUUUUUACUGUCAACAUUGAUUAAAGGCCAAAUCACUAUGUGUGAUUUAAUAUCAAUUGGCUAAUGGAUUUUAUUGAUCACAGUAAGAGAGCGAAACAUUUGCUCAGGGACUUUAUCAAGCAGCAUAAUAAGUCAUUUCAGAUUUCUAUUUUCUUGGAAUUGUAUGUGAUUUUCUGAAUAUUUACAAUGUAUUUAAAAUGUUGUAAAUGAAACCACCAUGGACUGUUUGACAUGAUAUCAUGGAUAAUUUGAGACUUUCUGGAC